AUGGCGGACGCCGACGAACACCCACAGAGGCGCGACGCUCAAGAACCUUUGGCGAGUUCAAUACCACAAAGCGGCGGGAAGGAACUCGGUAAAGCGAGAGGUGAACUUUCCGAUGAGAUGAAAGAGCGCCUGAGCGUAUUUCGUCCUUUCUCAAACGGACUUCGCGUGGAUGAAAAGCGGUGGCCGCGUGUGUUCGACAUGAUCCCGGAGUGGCCGAAAUCGAAAGCGGCGAUUGAGAGUCGCACUCCCAAAGAUGACGCCUCCAGGACCAAUGAGCAGGACACUCCGAAAGCGAAGCCCAUACCCAAGAUUACCACGCCAAAGAAAGGCACGAGGCGGAUGUCCAACAGGCACUWUGUCAAUGAGAGCGCGGUCCCGAUUCUAUCCGAUGAACAAAACGGCUACAAAAAGAGCCUAACAUUCACUGCCGGGUACGCCAACGAGCCYGUGAUGUAUGCAUACGCCGGGUUUACUGACCUUGCUGCUGGACGGCGCUGGCUGGUCUCACCACCUGCCCUCGUGGCGCUGGAAGCAUACGUUGCCUCGGGAAAUACACCAGCAUUCCACAAAGCCAUGGCAAUUCACCGCUGUGAACACGAGGAUUGGGUUAAGGACGGGCCAACUUUGGAGUGGGCGAUGGAGGAAUGGCCAGUCGAGACACAAGUCGAUCGAGUACAAGCAGCAACAAGCUCCAAAGAGAAUUCAUUGUACAUUCUUGCAUUUCUGUUGUACUGGCUGCCAAAGGAAAGCGACCGGUUCUGCAGACUUUCCCUGGAAGAACAACACAAGGAGUAUUCUGCUUUGCAGAAGAGGUAUCCCUACCCGCUGCCAGUAUGGGACGAGUUCGCGGGUGUCAGCCUGACCUCGCCCAUCUGGAACCACCCCGACGACAAGAUUCCGUUGGCGGAGAAGUCAUCUCGAGUGUUUGCGCUGCUGCGCUUUCACUGGUCAAAGAUCGGCAAAGGCGAGAAGGAAACGACGUUUGCACAAAAGUUCGGCCAGCUAUGGGGUGUCGAGGGCAACUUCUCAUCGGUCGAGAUUGACAACCGCUCGAAACCGAUCUGGAUGCGUGAGCUACGUGUACUGAGCAGUGCAAGCUACGACAAGAAGCCCGAGCCAAAACUUCCAUCUAAGCUGUCUCCUCGAAAGAUCGUUCUCAGGUGGCCUUCAUUCAAAGAACAUGCACUGCAGCUUGGAUUGAAGAGAGUAGACGAAGAUGAGCGUGAAAAGCUCAAGCUUGAUCGCGAGGAGUACGGAGAGCAGCUUAAGCUACCUCUUGAGUAUCACCGUGAUCCGCGGGAUUACCCAUCUGUUAAGAUUUGGCGGGAUCUUCUCCGACUCGAUCUCAAGCUUGCAGACUUGAAGAUGUCGAUUGGCACUCUGGCACUUCACGAUUUCGACGAAGACGGRGACCCAGAGCUGCGUUCUUUCUUUGCGCGCGAUCGCACUCCUCGAGUGUCAUGGUCCCAGUUUCUGGCGCUCCUUGAAGCUACUGAUGACAAGCCAUUGGAUGUUUACCUAUGCACAGACUAUCAAGGAGGGAAAUUCACAGGCGAGAUGGAAUGGGAAGGAUCUCUGGAACCGUGGUUGACUAAGCCGCAUGGCUGA